AUGCUUAAAAGAUUGUCUUCUCUUCUGAGAUGGGUAAAAGCCUCGAUUCGAAGGGUACCAUCACUGCCCACGCAGUUUCUAUCUUGUGACUUCGAAGUCAUCAGCGACUCCCAUAUACUGGAAGAGGAGCGGUUCAAGGACUUCAAACUCGGAAAAUACUAUCCUGUGAACAUUGGGGCGAUGUAUUUGCUUCCAAGUACCAGGUCGUUGGCAAAACUGGGAUUCGGAAUUACGUCUACUGUAUGGCUGGCUAGCCUGCCAAAAUGUUCCGAAUGUUGGGCACAUCGACCGAAAAAGGCCUCCUCCGCUGGAUGGGAUUUGAUAGGAAUGAGUUGCCUGAGUCCUGGAAAAACGGUGUGGAAAAUUUCACGUCUCCCGGAAGCGCUGAAAAGGUCUGUUGAGCAUGAGGAUUGGUUGUGUAGAGGUAGCAUCGUUCGUCUCGGCCGCCCCUAG